AUGAGUACCCAAAUAUGCGCAUCGGCUGCUCCAAUUUCAACCAAAAAUGUGGGGAUUGAAAAUGCUCGCCGCUCUGUCACAUAUCAUCCAAGUAUUUGGGGAGACUAUUUCCUUGCAUAUACUUCGGACCUCACGGAUAUAUUUGCCCAUGAAGAGCAAGAACAUCAAAGACUAAAAGAAGAAGUGAAGAAGCACUUAGCGGCAGUACCAGACGAUUCUUUGCAUAAAUUAGACCUCAUUGAUUCAAUCCAACGUCUUGGAGUUGCAGCCUUCAUACCACUUCUCUUCGAUUUCGAUUACUUAGACAACAAGGGCAUUACGUGUCAUGUGGCGUGUUCAACAAAUUCAAGGACCCACAAGGAAAAUUUUAUGAAUCUUUGA